GCCAGCAGCAGCCAAGAAGCAAGCAGCAGUGCAGAGGCCAGCAGCAGCAAAGAAGCUAGUAGCAGUGCGGAAGCCAGCAGCAGCCAAGAGGCCAGCAGCAGCCAAGAAGCCAGCAGCAGUGCAGAAGCCAGCAGCAGCCAAGAAGCAAGCAGCAGCCAAGAAGCCAGCAGCAGUGCAGAGGCAAGCAGCAGCAGUGCAGANAGCAGCAGUGCAGAGGCCAGCAGCAGCCAAGAGGCUAGCAGCAGCAGUGCAGAGGCCAGCAGCAGCCAAGAAGCAAGCAGCAGCAGUGCAGAGGCCAGCAGCAGCCAAGAGGCAAGCAGCAGUGCGGAAGCCAGUACCAGCAGUGCAGAGGCCAGCAGCAGCCAAGAAGCAAGCAGCAGCAGUGCAGAGGCCAGCAGCAGCCAAGAAGCCAGCAGCAGUGCAGAGGCUAGCAGUAGUUCCUCAUCUGAAAUCUUAUCUGAAAGCAGCAAAAGUUCAUCGUCGUAUGAGUCUUCUGCCGAAGGUGGUUCAUCCAGUAGCAGUGGUGAGGGUCCUGAAGAGCCUGAUAAUUGUACUUGGGCUCUUCGUGGGAAUGUAGAAGCAGGUCUUGAUGGUGAUAUGGUGAGGAGUGGAUUUGUUUUGAUGUUUGGUGAGAUGCCCUUUGCUAUUGUAUUUAGGAAAGACGAUUUUGUUGUGCCUAGCGAUGCUAUUCCAUUGGAUGUCACCUUGUCGUGUGAGGAGAGCUCGGAAGGUUCAAUUGCCCGUUUGGGUUGUGUUUAUUUUUUGCCUGAACUUCGGGAUCGUUUUAAGAUGUAUCGAUUGAGGAAUGAUACAGUCAUAUUGCAGCAGCAGCCUUUGCAGGCUUACCAUAUUAAUUUCAUUGAGGCGUUGGUCUUCUCUAUAAGCAUGGAGCAGCUUAGUAGUUGUAUUAAUAAUGGAGAGAGUAAUCAGGUGGUCCAAGGUAGAAGUGACGGUUCCGUGGUCUCCGCAAGCAAUAAAUCAUUACAGUCUCCCAAGUCUUUGGGGGUUAAUGCUGUAAUGGCGCAACUGGAAUUACCUUUUGUCUUGCGUGUGACUGUGAGCCCAAUGGAUACAGCUACGGGAACAAAGGGUAUUGGAGAUACUGCUAAAGUUAUUUCAAAGAUUUCGCUUAUUGCCGCGCCUUUUGGCGUGCUAGGUAUCAAUUAUGUGACGGCGUUGAAUAUGAUGCCAUGUACACCAGAUGGUACACGUCGUAUCUUGUCUAGCUAUCGUGCUCUUUCUGUGACCGCCAUUGAGGAUUCCUUCUACGGUGUUAUGUUAGGCAAUUUGAUUCUUGGUGGUGGAGUUUUUGUGGUCCACACAGUGGUACUUCUUUUAGUCAAAUGCCUGCGUGGCUCAACUCUGCUAGAAGCGGCCACUGCGUGCUGGUAUCCAGGUAUUACUUUGGUACUACUAGUGAAUCUCUUUGUUGGUACAAGUUUUGCAACACUGCAGGGAUUUACAUUCAAAGACGGUUCUACGCUAGCACUUAGUGUGGUAAUGCUUGUAGUGUUCAUCAUUAUCUUCGUCGCGGUGCUCUUCCUAUCAGUAAUAAAGGCGUCAGUACAUUACGUGCCUGUAGAGAAUGCCAUAGAUGUUGCCGUUAAGCCACCUGGUAAGUCAAUUGUACGUCGUUUCUUUAAUACCUGGCUAUUACGUGUGCGUGGUGUCUGGCUUCCAUACAAUGUCUCUGAUCGUCUCUUCUUAAUAUUAUUUAACCUUCGCCGCUGCCGUGUGACGUGGGUGACACUGUGGUUGUGGGCCCCGAUGCUUGUAGCGCUUUUUGCAGCGUUUCCUCCAAAAAGUGCCGGGAGUUGUAUUGCCGCCGACGUGGCGCUUAUCAUUUGUCAUAUCUUUCUCUUCUUCCUGGUGCUUCGCUAUCGCCCAUUGGUGUCGCCGAUUGAUAAUAUCUAUUAUCUUAUCGUGAUGGCAAUCUCUGUGUGGAUUCUUGGCGGGUUGAUCGCACUCCUUCUGAAACCUGAUAACGAUCGUGCUAUAGAUGCUGUAGUUGCGGCUGCCAUUACCGCCAUCGUUGCAUUCUUUUUGUAUGUUAUACUGAAGACAAUGCAGUUGGUGGAGUUUAUGACGCGGCGUAUUAAACACACACCACAGGGACGUGAAUCCUCCACAGAACCAGCACCCAUUACCGCCCACCCAACCGUUUAA